GCUCUGCUACUCAUUUGUCUCGCUGUCGCCGCCAUUAAACAACACGGAGCCAGUGUAAACCAUGGACUGUCGCAUAUUUAUACCAUGAUUCAAGGAGUAGAGGCUUUGUCAAGGUGUGGUUUAUUCUGCGAGAGUUUAAUGUGUCCAUAAAGGUAAACAUGUGAGAGACAAAGGGGUCGAAAUAACUCGGAUUGGGAAAGGUUUGAUAGAGCAGGAGGGGGACUGAACAAGAAGGGUUUGUUGUGGUUUUCAGCAGUACUUGAGAAACGAGCGCAGCCUCGAAACGGUUUAUCACCACAGUUUGACCAGCCAAAGUGAUCCACAAUGACAGAACAGAAGGUAAAGUGGGCCUGUGACUACUGCACCUAUGAAAACUGGCCAUCUGCAGUCAAGUGCACUAUGUGCCGUGCACCAAAGUCGAGGGGUCCCAUUAUCACAGAGGAACCUUACAAGAACAGCCCUGAUCUGGACCCCAGUCUGGAGUGGGACCCUCCCAGAACUGGGAGUGUCAGCAACCUCCUCAUCUGCCCUGACUCCAGUGCUAGGCCAAGAGUCAGGUCAGCUGGCAUAGCUGAGAUUGCCAAUAAGUGGUCCUGCCAGAUGUGCACCUACCUGAACUGGCCCCGAGCACUUCGCUGCACACAGUGCCUGUGUCAGCGCACGAGGACCAGCAGCCCCACCGAGUCCCCCCAGACUUCAGGCUCCAAUGCAGGCUGUCGUCCUGCGCUCCACUCCCCUGUGGAUACCUGUGAGGAGUACAAUGACAGAAACAGACUUAACACUCAUCAGCAGCACUGGACAUGCACAGUUUGCACUUACCAGAACUGGCCCACGACUACAAAGUGUGUGGUUUGUGACCAUCCCAAGCCCAGCAACCAGGAAGCCAUAGAGCUGGCUGAGUCUGCAGAGCCAACACCCAUGAUCAAUGAGCAGGACAGGGCUCCGUGGAGGGGCAGUUGCAGUGGAGGCCAGGGCCGAAGGAGGUCCCCUCCUAUGCCCAAGAGGGAAGACAAUGUCAAAAUGGACUUCCAGAGGAUAGAGCUCGCAGCUGGAGCCAUGAGCAGCAAAGAGGAGCAAGAGGUUGACUUCAAGAAGCUAAAGCAGAUUAGAAAUCGAAUGAGGAAAACAGACUGGCUGUUCCUCAAUGCAUGUGCUGGUGUGGUGGAGGGAGACCUGGCGGCAAUAGAAGCCUACAAGUCAUCAGGUGGGGACAUUGCCCGGCAGCUCACUGCUGACGAGGUGCAGCUCCUCAACCGGUCCUCAGCGUUUGAUGUAGGCUUCACCCUGGUCCAUCUGGCCAUCCGCUUCCAGAGGCAGGACAUGCUAGCCAUCCUGCUCACAGAGGUGAACCAGCAGGCAGCCAAGUGCAUCCCUUCCAUGGUGUGUCCUGAGCUGACAGAGCAGAUCCGCAGGGAGAUUGCAGCCUCUCUGCAUCAACGCAAAGGAGACUUCGCCUGUUACUUCCUUACUGACCCGGUCACCUUCACCUUGCCUGCAGAUAUAGAGGACUUGCCGCCUGCUGUCCAAGAGAAGCUGUUUGAUGAGGUAUUGGAUCGAGAUGUGCAGAAAGAGUUAGAAGAGGAAUCUCCUGUCAUCAACUGGUCUCUGGAGCUGGGCACACGCCUGGACAGUCGACUGUACGCCUUGUGGAACCGCACAGCCGGAGACUGUCUGUUGGACUCUGUUUUACAGGCCACCUGGGGCAUCUACGACAAGGACUCAGUUCUCCGCAAGACCCUCCAUGACAGCCUGCACGACUGCUCCCAUUGGUUUUACACACGCUGGAAGGAGUGGGAGUCGUGGUACUCACAGAGUUUCGGUUUGCAUUUCUCCCUGAGAGAGGAACAGUGGCAGGAGGACUGGGCGUUCAUCCUGUCUUUGGCCAGCCAGCCCGGGGCCAGCCUGGAGCAGACCCACAUUUUUGUUCUCGCACACAUUCUUCGCAGACCGAUCAUAGUCUACGGAGUUAAAUACUACAAAAGUUUCCGUGGGGAAACGUUAGGAUACACUCGUUUUCAAGGUGUGUACCUGCCUCUGUUAUGGGAGCAGAGUUUCUGCUGGAAAAGCCCCAUCGCACUGGGCUACACGCGGGGCCACUUCUCGGCCCUGGUGGCCAUGGAGAACGACGGCUACGACAAUCGCGGUGCAGGCGCCAACCUCAAUACUGACGAUGAUGUCACGGUCACUUUCUUGCCACUGGUGGACAGUGAGAGGAAGCUGCUGCACAUUCACUUCCUGUCUGCACAAGAGAUGGGCAACGAGGAGCAGCAGGAGAAGCUGCUGAGGGAAUGGCUGGACUGCUGCGUGACAGAAGGAGGCAUGCUGGCAGCCAUGCAAAAGAGCUCUCGCCGCCGUAACCACCCCCUGGUCACCCAGAUGGUGGAGAAGUGGUUGGACAGAUACCGCCAGAUCCGCCCCUGUGCCUCUCUGUCGGACGGUGAGGAAGAGGAGGACGAAGACGAGUGAGUGAAGGAGCCCUUUAAUCUAAGACUGGACACUGUAGGCUCUGGGAGAGUACCUUAUUUCUUUUGUUUUUUUUUUCCUCCAAAAUGUAAAUCUUUAACUUGUAAUAAUGCAUGUGUUGUGUGAGCUCCGUGAUAGAAAAAAAGAUACCAGCAACAACAAACAGAAUCCUGAUUACUGCUCCUAUGAAAGCACAUCAAGUCCACUUAGUUUGCCUUCCCGUACUGCGAUUUCUCCUUAUUUGUUAUCAAAGUAAUGAUCUUUUAAAUACUAGGACAUAUAGGAAAAUAUAAUGUAUUCAAGGAAAUCCCGAAGCUGCACUAGAUGAGAAAUUUAAUUUACAGAAUUGCCUGACAGAAAUGUUUGCUUAAAACUGAGAGGAUGCUGAUCUUUGUGUGUAUGUUAAGGUUUAAAGGGCACCGUUUCUUUUCUGAUUGCUGAUCCCUUCUGAUGUUUGGAUUUAUUUAUUUGUUUAGGAGAUUUAGUGUGCAGAGGCGAUACCUUUGUUCUGCCCUGUUUUAUCUGUUUGAUCCGUUCAGUCUUGGAGUAUUUUAUUUUGCAAAGAUGAUACCUACUUUCUGUGAGGGGAGGGUGGGGGGAGGACGUACAAGUUUACUGACAUUUUUACAUGUGAUUUAGUAGCUCAUUGACAUGUUAGAGUGGGUGGUGGUGAAGCUGUUGGGGAAAAGAAAAAACCAAACACUCUGCCUCUUUCUAUAGAGUGCAUAAAUAUUAAAUUUGACUUACUUGCAUCCUC